AUGGAUUCAAAGCAAAAGAAUCCCGUUCCUCGACGGGAACAUGGCGGGCGAACCGUGUCAGCUUCCAGCCACCCACGCUGGGGAAGUACCGGUAUUUUCGAGGCUGCAUGCAUUGACUUAGGGCCUGUGCUAACAAGAGAGAAACUCACGGGGCUUCUUCUCGCCGCCGUUCCAAAGAAAAUAAAAGGAGUCAAGGUCCUCGAUCUUUCUCAAAACAACAUCCGAAAAUUGUCUGUGUCGCUCGGGGAGAUUGCGGAACUUGGACUGGAGUCGGUCGAAGAGCUCAUUCUCCGUGGAAAUCUGCUUCGGCAACUGGACGGGAAGCUCUUAACCUUCCCGUGUCUUGCCCGCCUAGACGUCAGUGAGAACAUUCUGGCGCAAGUCAUAAACUUCGAAACGCAGUUCGAGUUGCGCGAGCUCUCUCUCUACCAAAAUCGUUUGAGAGACAUCAACGGGCUGGGACGGACGCCUCUCCACCGCACUCUGGAACGCCUGGAUGUCUCUCGAAAUGAUAUUCCGGACCUGAGAGGGCUAGCAGCUUUGGUCACGCUGGAGAAACUGAAGGAGCUGGACGUGCGAGACAACCCUGUGGAAAGUCAUCCACUCCAAGGAAAUGUCGUGCUCGAGGGCUUCUGUAUGCUCGCAUGUCCUCUUCUGGAGACUCUCAAUGGCCACCCUGUCACGGAGAACGUUCGAGACGCCGUGAUUUGUUGGUCCAGCGACGACGCUCGAGGACGCGCGGUCGCGAGCUGCGUCUAUCGCUUCCGUCAGGCCUUCUCCACACGUGGAAUGGAUGGCCUGGACCUCUCAGGCGAGGAAGUCGCUGGUCCCUUCGGGUCCCUAGAAGAGCCCACCUACGACGACAGGACUGCCUCGCACUCCAAGACAGAAGAAACGUGUCUUUCCCAGCGCGCGAUUUCUUCUCGAAGCAGAACAGUGCCGCGAGAUCCGGGCUCUCGCCACCAGUGUCGCGAGGAGGGAGAGAACCUGGGUCGAUGUGUGUUUGCUCGCGAGUACCGUGAUGCACGCGAAAAUUUUCGGCUGCUGUCUCCGGAAGAGUGCGUCGACACGGAUCCCGCGGCCUCGUGGCCAGAUGCAGAUCGAGGCUGGCGACCUAAUCCGCGCCGGUUUAUCUCGCCUGCUCAAGUCGCUCCGACGGCGGGACCGGAACGGGCGAGGCCUCUUUCGGAAGGCAGGCCUUUCGCGGGGCCGCCCCGGAACGGCUCGGAGAUUUUUCGAUCCACUUACUCGGAAAGAUGCCGCCUGUAUCCUUCGCCCUCCAGUGUCUCUCGGCGCCCGCCACAGAGGAAACGCCAAGAGAUUUGUCCCAGGGGAUGGCCACAAAGAGCGAGCAGGGUGACGAAGGCGACACAAACCCCAGGGUGGUGGCGACCUAACGAUUGGGAGGUGCCUGGAGAAGAGGCGACAGGGAGACGCAGACUCGCAGGGAGACGUGAAGGAGACGACAACGGAUUGGCGCGGUGGGCAACGAGUUCCGUGGCGAGUGGAGACUUCCAAUUCUUCAUUAAAGCGAACGAUGUCGGGCCUCCGGUCUCUGCGGAAGAACUGCGAGCGCUUCAGGCGGGAAAGAAGGGUGCGGGAAGCGAAGCACACAUUGUUCUCGCAGGCAACAGAAACGAAGAAAACGAGAUGUAUCAAACGGAGGGAGUCCAAGAGGAAAGCCUCCCGUCUGACUGGGUGAGACAACCAGCAUAUAGGGACUACGCCUUUCAGCAGGACGCCGAGUCUUUAGAUGGGAGACAGAUGCUGUACUACGUGCCGAAAGGCAAGGCAUACAGCGUCACAAGCUCUCCGACUCAUGUUUUUCAAAACGACGAAAGAUACCCGAUGCAUAACGGCGACGUUUUCGAACUCACUCAGGAUUCGGAUUCGCCUGACGACGGUGUCGAGGGCAGGAGGGAAAUAGGCAUCUAAAUGGGCUCUCAGAGCCAAACUGAGGGGUCACAAGGAAAUCAGAAAGAGAAACCUGUCUUCAAGAAAAGGCGGUCAGGUUACGAAAGUGGGUCUACUAGUCUCCACACCCGUUAUUCUCUUUUCCUGGGGAUGCAUGUGGUUCCGUCUAUUUGCGAUGGUGGACAGCGGAGUCAACUUGACAAUGCCGCGAUGGUGGACAGUGGAGUCAACUUGACAAUGCCUGUCUCCGGAGGACUUUCUUAGGGAAAAAGAAACAUGAAACCAGUGCGGCC